AUGGAAAAAAAUAUGAUUAAACAGGUUACUCUGAAAAAAGAAAGGGUAUCUAUAUCUUCGUCUAAAAUGAUUCAGGUUCCCCUUCAUGCUAAAGAUUCGGAAAAUUCUCAGAAAUUUAAGAAAUAUUCAGGAGGAUUGGAUAAAAUCCUUCAAUCAUUUGAUGGUUUUGAGGAAUGGGCGGAUUAUAUAUCAUUUCUUUCAAAACUUUUGAAAACUCUUCAAGCAUAUCCUACAUUUGCAGUUGUUCCUUAUCAAGAUCUUGUUGCAUGCAGGUUAUCGCAAUGUUUGAAUCCGAAUCUUCCUUCUGGUGUACAUCAGAAAACGCUGGAAGUAUAUUCUUAUAUUUUUUCGCUGAUUGGAAAAAAAGGACUUUCUGAAUCCCUUUCUCUUUGGAGUAGUGGUCUUGCACAUGUUAUGACGUUUGCAUCUACAAAGAUUAAGCCACAUUUUCUUGAGCUGAUUGAAAGGUUUUAUUUACCAUUGGGUUCAGAUCUUCGCCCUUGUACAAAAUCUUUGAUUAUUUCAUUGCUUCCUGGUUUAGAAGAAGAGUCUGGAGAGUAUUUUAAUGAAACUUUUAAUGUGUUGGAUUCUAUACGACAAAAGCUUGAUGACGAAUCUUUUUUUUGGCAAUGUUUUUGGCUUUGUAUAAUUACAUCUCCUCAACAAAGGCAAGGAGCUUUAAAAUAUUUAUCUAAACGUCUUCCUGUUUUGAAAGGAAGCUCUAAUGAUAUUUUUCCAAUAAUACAUCCUGAUUCUGGUCUCUUUAUAAGAGCAUUUAGUGCUGGACUUAAUGAUGAACAAUUAUUAAUUUGUCGUGGUUUUCUUGAGCUUUUAGUUCAAAAUGUUCCUCUAUCAUCAGAUAUUUUCCAAAAAAAUAUUCUUCCUUCUGAUAUUGAGCUUUUAAUAAUAUCUGCAAUUAAAGUUGUUUUAGGAAAAGAAUUAUCUCUUAAUCGACGUGUUUGGUCAUGGCUUAUGGGUUCUGACUUAGAACAAAACAUGGAUGAAAGAUCUUAUUUUAGGAAUUAUGCUAUGGAUCAUAUGAUAAAUAGUAUAAAAAAAUAUUUGACUCAGUAUGAGAACAAUCCCGUAAAACUUGGAGAAAUGUUUAGAAUUCUUUUGUCUUUUAUGGAUAGGCCUAGCAUAGGAAAUAUUGUUGUCUCUGAGGUUUUUUUACCCUCUAUAAGAACUAUAUAUAUAUAUAGUUCAUUUGACAAUGAUAGUUUAUAUAAUAAUGUUUUAUCUUCUGCUAGAACAUUUUUUGAUUCUAUAGAUUCAAAGUUAAUUUGGAGUAAAAUAUUAUCUUUGGUUGAUAAACGGGGUGUUUGUGAUUUUCUAGAUUAUAAAUUUGCAUUAUAUAUUAUUUCAAAUUUUAAUAUUCAUGAGGAGGAUAUGAUUUUUUUUCAUAUUUCUUUGGUUUUAUUUAUUAUUAUUUCAAAUAUUCCUGAUAUGUCAGAGAAUAUAACAGUCGAGAAAACUUUGUUUUUGAUUACACAUAAAUUAUUAUUUCAUAUUCCAAAUAAUAAUAGUGUAUCUAAUGUUUUAUUGGAUGAAUACAAUGUUCAAGAUCGAGUAGCUUUGAGAGAUAAUAUUAUAGAAUAUUAUAAGGAUUAUUCAUCUGCCCAUAAUUCUACAAAAUUGUCUAGGGAGAUUGUUAUGGAUUCUAUUUUUUAUCAGCUUAUUGAUAAUAUAGAGCAUUGUCUUAAUAAUAAUUUUUAUUUAUUUGAAGUACUCUUGCUUAUCUAUGAAUUUAUUCCAAAGGCCUCUCAAUGCUCAAAAACUCAAAAAAAAAGGAUAUUGGAUGUUAUAGAAUUUGUUGUUGGUCUUAAGGAACUUAAUUUUGAUCAUAUUUAUUUUAUAGUUAAAAUUAUUAUUGUAUUAUUGCAAAGAACAUGGAUUAAUGUUGAAGAUAUUAAUACUGAUAAUUUAUUAAUUCCUUUAGUUUUUUAUAUAUGGGAUUGUUUUUCUCCUGGAAAUUCAAAACAUCAUAUUGAUGCUUCACGGUUGUUAUGGGCAUUACAUAGAACACUUGAUGGUUCCUAUAUUGAAACAAUAAUAGUCUAUGCAAUGAAUAUUCGUGAAAGUUCAUAUACUUCUUGUCUUAAGUUUACAGUAUUAUGGAAAUAUAGUGUUGAUGAGUCUCUUUUUGUUCAUGUUCUUGGAAGGCCGUCUUUAAUAAUGAUUGGUUUUCUUCAUUCUGAUGAUAUUCAUACAAAACUUUUAGUGAAGUCUUGGAUUAAAACUUUAGAUUUUUCUUUUAUUAGAUUGUUGGACAUUAUAAUUACAAAGUUAUUAUCUUUGGAAAUUAUUUGUUCUCCUAAAGAUCAAGUUAUUGAGGAAUUAGAGAUCUCUUUGUUUCUGUUUAGAGAAACAGAUGAUGUCUUAAUGUUGUCUUAUUAUAUAUCUGUAUGUGUAGAAAUUAUUGAAUCAGGAGGAAUCGAUUUUUUAGAUCAUGCUUUUACAGAACUUCUAAAUGUUGAUAUUGACAGAAGUAAAUUGUUAUUUAAAUAUUGUUUUACAUUUCCUGAUAUGAGUUAUAUUAGUAUUUUAGUAAGAAUUGCUAUAAGAGCUCUUUAUAUGAUUCCGGAUUCUGAUUUUCUAAAUUCGAAAUCAAUAGUUAUUAAGCUUCAUUUUUUUGCAAGCAAACUUCUUUUUUAUAUUGUUUCUAAAUCUAAUUUAUUUGAUGAAGAGCUCAUUGAAGUAUUUUUAAAAAGGCUUAUAAUAAAGGACUUUCUUUUUGAAUCUAUUCUAGAUAAAUACGUUUUGGAUGUUUUAUAUAUUAUUUUAAAACGGAAUAUUAAUCAAUAUGAAAUUAGUUUUAAAGAGCUUUUUUUGAACAAUGCUCGUCUCUUGUCUAUGGAAGAAAAGUCUAUUGAUCAUCCAGAAAAGUCAUCAGUUUGCAACAUUUUAUUUAUGUUAGUUAAAUUUUUUGUUACUCGAUUGUCUGCAACAAACAUUCCUUCAAAUGUUGAAAUCUUAAUAGAUUUUUAUAAAAAUUGUCUGGGCUUAUUUACCAGUGAUAUAUUUCAGAUAUUUAUGCCAUUUGUAGAGACAUUAUCUGGUCGAAUUAAUUCUAGCAUUGUUGACUUAGAAGUUGGUUUUUCAGAAUCAAAAAUGGGGAGUUUAUCUUCUUAUGAAAUUAUUUUACAUUGUUUUGAUGCCUUGCAAUGCACAAUUUCUUGGGCACUUGAAAACCAUGAUUAUAAAUUCAAAAAUUUUGUUUCUAAGAGUUCUGAAAAUGUAGGAUUUUUUGGUAAUGUUAUGUCCGGUGUAUUUUCUGUUGAAGCUCCCAAUAGUGUUGAUUUUUUUACUGACAUUUUGAAUUCUAUAUUGUUAUGUUUUCAAGAUGUUGUAAAGUUGACUUUUUAUGUUUGGUCCUGGUUAGAAGGUAAUACUGUUGUUGUUGAUUUAGGAAAGCAAGAAACAUAUAAAUUUAUAAAUAUGAGACUUAAAACUGCAAGUAGGCAGUUGCUCUAUGUACUUUAUGAUACGAGGCCUAUAGAAACAUUAGAAAGCUUAAUAAGUUCAGUAAACAAAGGAGAUAUAAAGGCUGAGGAGUGCAUUUUCUCUUUUUUAUCUAAGUUUGAUGAUUCUAGAAAACAUGAAAUAAUUCCUUUUUUAAUUAAUAGUAUUAAUUCUAGAAUAAAUCCUCUUUCUGUUACUGGCAAGUGCAAAUCUAGUUUAGUUAUUUCUUUAACACCGAAUUCAAUUGUUAGCUUUCUUACAAAUUUUGUCAAAUUUUCUCAAACAACUUUUCUAAAGCAGAAUUGGCCAAUAUGUUUAGCUUUUCUCCGAGAUGUUGUUAACAUUCCUCAACAAUAUCAAAUAAUUAAUACAUGCAUACUCCAUUUUUCUACAAUAUUGAUUAGGAAACUAAGUGAAAUGGAUCUUGAUAAUGAAAAACGGACUAGAAAAGAAAUGGCGGAUAUUUAUCUACGAAUUUUGAACUUUGCUGUUUUAAAGACAUCUAGACCUUGUGAUUCUACUCUUUUUUUAAAUAAGAAUAUUGAUAAUCAAUUAUUACUCGAUGAUUAUAAUGAUAUUGAGGAAAAAGAAAGUAAGGUUCCUAAUAGUGCUAAUAAAUCGGGUAGAAAUAAUAAAUCUGUUACAUCUCCUACGUUUCCGAGUAAUGAAUUAGGUUCUAUUUUAUUUAGAUAUGUAAUUCCUUCUCUUUUUAAAAUAAUAAUGGAUAAUGAAAAAAUUUUGCAAGCCUGUAACAUGAUUAUGACAAACAUUAUUGGAUUUGAAAACCGGAAUUCUCAGUCGCCUCGAAAGUAUUCAGAAGAUAGUCUCGUUUUAUUGGCUAAACUUAGUGAGGUUCCUGGCUCUUAUAAAUCUUGGAGAAAAGAAGUUUUAGAUGCUUUUAAUGAUAAUUCCUUUUUUUAUAUUUCUCUUAAUGAAGCUUUAUUAUGGAAACCUAUUAUUAAACAAUUAUAUGGAAAUAAUAAAGAGAGGUUAUUUGAAAUGUUAAUUCGUUUCCCAUUUUAUUCUGCUACUAGUAUUUUCGUUUUCAGAGAUUCAGAGAUCUUUGCUCGAAAAUAUCAAUUAAAGCGGCUGAUUUUUGUUUUAAUCUCGUCAGGUAAAGAUAAAUAUGCAGAUAAAAUUAAAGACAUAGAAAAUGUUGUUUUGGAAAAUAUUAGAGGGGAAUUAAGAAGAGUGCUUCGAAAAGAAGUGUUUUUGUUAAUUAGAACACUAAUUGUAUCUAUGUCAUCGAUACAUUUAACUUCACUUUGGGCAAUAAUUUUAUCUGAGCUUCAAUAUUCUUUUGAUGACCUUUUGGAGAGGGAUCUCCCAUGGAAUAGGGAACUUCUUGAUUUACUUCUUGAUACAUGCAAGCUUUUGGAUGUAAUUUUAGUUAUUGAGCCAGAGGAUUUUUUAGCUUAUAAAUGGAUUUUUAUAACAGAUACAAUUGAUGCUGUCCAUUUUUAUGAUAAAUGGAAACCUGUUGCCUUGGUAGAUAAACUUUUUCAUAAAAUUUUUACAUUUCUUCAGAAGUCUUCAUCUACUGUUGAAUUAUCUGAAACUUUUAUAGAUACUCGUAAUCAUAAUAAGAGAUCUCCUUUGCUUGUUUUUCAAACAAUUAAUGAUGUUUCUGAUAUUAAACCAUUUUUAACUCGUAUAAGUACAAACAAUUAUGAUUCAAUGUAUGAUAUGUGUUUUCCUGAUAUAGAAGCAUGUGAAACAGGGAUAUUAAAUGAUCUUUUUUAA